AUGCCUUCUGCAGCGGAAGCCCCUCAGGGGCAAGCUUCUGCAUCGGCAGCAGCAGCUCCAUUAACAGCAGCAACAACAGCAGCAACUGCAGCAGCAGGAGGUGCAGGACAGAAGCGGACUUGGCUGUUGCCGCAGCAGGAAGUAGAUCCAGAGGAGCAGCAGCAAAUGUCCAUGGGAAGAAAAGGAAAUGGAGACUACUGCAGCAGCAGCAGCUGCAGCAGCAGAUGCAGCAACAGCAGCAGGAGCAGCUGCAACAGUGAUGAUGAUGAGGCCUCGAGUGUAUGUACACUUGAGGAUGAUGAAUCAGAAGAAGAAAGCCCUCCUGCUCGUUGCCUCUUGUGUCCCUUUAGCUGCAACAGCAGCAGCAGCAGCAGCAGCAGCAAACAGACACCUGCUGCUGUUGUGCUGCAGCACAUGAAAGACACCCAUGGUCUCGAUUUAACAGCAAAACAUAAUUGGCUGCGUCCUACGCAGCAGCAGCAGCAGCAGCAGCAGCAGCAGCAGCAGCAGCAGCAAGAUCUUCCUCCUUUAAACUACUAUACACGUAUAGCGUUAGUAUCCUUUUUACGUCAGAAGCAGCAGGAACACGAACAGCAGCAGCAGGAGGAGGAGAAGGAGCAGCAACAGGAGCAGCAGCAGGAGUAUAGCAGCGUAAUAGAUGCAUUAAGGAAUUUAUCUGCUGCUUCCUCUGUGUUUUGCUGCCCUGAGGGUUUGCUGCUAGCAGCAGAUAAGGAAGAUCCUCUUCUAUGGGAUGCUUAUGAAUCUAGUAGUACUGAUGAUGAUGAACCUGCUGCUGCUGCAGGAGGGUUUUCUCCUAUAGUUACACCCCAUAAUACAGAAGUGUAUGAACGGGUGCUGCAGCAACGUAUUGCUGCUACCAGCAGCAGCAGCAGCAGCAGCAGCAGCAAUGCCGCUGCAGCAGGAGAAUCAAUCAAGAGGGAGGAUGACACAGCAGCAGCAGCAGCAGCAGCAGCAGCAGCAGCAACAGCAGCAGCAGAGUCUGCAGAGGAUAAAGGAUAUUUUGCUGGUUAUGGCGAGCUGUCUAUACACCGCGAGAUGAUUUCUGAUGUUAGCCGCACAGAGGCAUACAGAAACUUUCUUCUGCAACAUAAAGGUAUAAUUCGUGAUAAAGUUGUCUUAGAUGUUGGCUGCGGCAGUGGCAUCCUCAGCAUCUUUGCUGCACAGGCAGGAGCACGCAAGGUAGUAGCAUUGGAUGCAUCUGCUGCAAUUAUUCCCAUCGCUCGUCGCGUCAUCGCGGAUAAUCAUUUUUCUUCUGUUGUACAAGUUGUGCAUGCAAAAGUAGAGUCUGUGGAUUUGUAUUGGAAGGACGCUUCGGAGUCUGAAGUUGUUGCUCUGCCAUCUGGUCCUGCUGCUGCUGCUGCAGCAACAGCAGCAGGACAUGUUCCUUUUGCAUGCGAUGUAAUUGUCUCUGAAUGGAUGGGUUACUGUCUCCUCUUUGAGGGUAUGCUCUUCUCUGUGCUGCAUGCAAGAGACAAGUAUCUAAGACCUGAUGGUAUUUUAGUUCCUAACAAAGCACUAAUCGGGGUGUGUACAGCAGACAUGCGUGAGCAGCAGCAGCAGCAGCGGGGACCAUUUGGUGUGUCUCCUGUUUAUGAUUUAGAUCUAUCUGCCCUUAAGAUUGACGAUUGUCUCCUUUUUAAGGAUGCAGAUGUACAAUUAGUCCCUCCAUGUCUCCUUAAUCAGCAGCAGCAGCAGCAGCAACAGCAGCAGCAGCAGCAGCAGCAGCAACAGCAGCAGCAGCAGCAGCAGCAGGAGCAACCAAUUUGUUUAAUAGAUUUAAAUAAAGUUACAAGAGAAGAUAUUGAAAGUCUUCGUGUUCCUAUUCAUACAGAGGAAGAGAACGAAAGCAACAAAUAG